GGCAGCGCGUCCUGAGCCGGGACGGUGCGGCCAUGGCGCUGCGGCUGCUGAGGGCCGCGGCGAGUAAGGGGCGGGUGGAGAGCGGGGCGUGGGGGGCCGGCUGGGCACGGGAAGUGGUGGGAAGGAUGUCGAAGCUUCUGCCAGGCUGUAUAUGUGAAUGCGUGCCCGCACAGCGCGGGCCUGCAGCUGUCAGGCCUUACUACCCGUUGUGGGAGAUUAUUAGCGCUGUGAGGGUUGGAACGGUAGUGAAGGCGCUGAGCUGUGCGUGAGUGCUCGCGGAAUAGCUGGAGGGCAGCCGGCCCUGGCCGCUUACCGAUGGGUGUGUGAUGCUGAGGAGGCGGCAGCCGAGCCGGGCCGGGCGGGGAGCAACCCCGUGUAGCGGCAGAGCCGUGAGAACGUAGCGAUGUGGUGAGGAAUGACGGCGGGAAGUGGCUGCUGGUCAUCGCUGCCCUGCAGCUCAGUGAGGAGCUAUACGUCGGAGGGAAGACCUGAGCCUGCUAAGCAAACACUUAAGAAACCGAAGUUACCAGUAGGCCGAUUUGAUGAACCGGAGGAGUCCAAUAUAGAGAGGGAACCUCUGGAAAAAUUCCCUGAUGGAAUCAAUCCCGCUACAAAAGAGAGAGGUGGACCGAAGGGCCCUGAACCUACACGUUUCGGAGACUGGGAGAGGAAGGGACGUUGUAUAGACUUUUAAUGUAUAAAUGAAUCCGUAUUACUGGUGAUAUAUUUCUAGUUGUUGAAGAGUAUGUCUCAGCUGGAUUUGUGAUUUCUGUCAUGCUUCUGAUAAAUUUUCUGGGAUGUUUUAUGUAAAUAGUACAGCUUGGUUUUUUGAAGCUGUUAUUAUGUGCACCUGAUCAUCAGUGGUAUUUAUACUAGGCAGGUAUAAAUGGAAGUAUAGUCGAUGUGAAGUUCGUUGUCAGGAUCUUGCUGAGAUGUAUAAAUGGCUUUUAUUUUGCUAUGUAAAUGAAUGUUUUUAUCUAUCUAUCUAUAAAGGCCAAGUUGAAUGGGGCCCUGGGCAGCCUAAUCUAGUGGGUGGUGGCAGCCCUGCUAAUGGCAGGGGGGCUGGGACUGGAUGGUUAACGUCCCUUCCAUCCUAAAGCAUUCUGUGUCUGCUUGGAAACUGGCUAGAUACUGCUGGAGAAAAAAUAACAUUAUUUGCUGAUACCUCAUGUUCAAAGGUGGCUGUUGGAUGAGAUGAUGUUAAUAUUGCAGGUCUUCAAGUGUCACCAAGGUACUGGCUUUGAGCUGAAGACCUUUCCGUCAGACCAACUCAGUUCUUCAUUCAAGAAUUGGCCUAGCUGUAAAUACUGCAGUAGAGCACAACUCUGCUGCUUCUGUAGGUACUUAAUAAUAGGAGAAUAAGCUGACAUCAUUAAAACCUCUGGCAUAUUAA